GACCGUGAGCAGACGCCGCCGGCUGGGCUGGGCUGCCCGGGCCUGGGGAGGGGCAGCUCUGAGGGCCAUGCCUAGGACCCUAGGCAUGGGGGCCCAGGCUGGUGUCUCUGAGACAGUGCAGGGCCCGUGAUCCGUCCUCCCACUGUCAGUGAGCAGGCUGAGAACCCUCGUACAGCCAAAAGAGAAAAAGCAAGGGGUCCACCUCCCGCAGCCAUGCUGAAACAGGGCGACAGGAGACGGUCUUGGAGCUACAAGCCCUGGCACACCGUGGAGGAUGAGCACGAGCCCCACUCAGGGGACAGCCAACGCCGCAUCAGCUUCUGCUCCGAGAGAGCCCGUUCGGGCUCCCAGGCCAGCAUCCCACAGUGGCCGGAGGGCACCUAUAACUACUACAUCGACGACGAGGAGGACGGGGUGGAGGAGGAGGAGCCGGGGCAGGACGAGCUCGCCGAGGAGGACCUGCAGCCAGAGGAAGACACCACCCCUCCGCCGACCGUCCACAGAGCCAGCCCGACCCCGUCGUCCACGCUGAACGUGAACGUGGGCGGCCACAGCUACCGCCUGGACUGCUGCGAGCUGGCCGGCCACCCCAAGACGCGCCUGGGCCGCCUGGCCACCUCCACCAGCCGCAGCCGCCAGCUGGGCCUGUGCGACGACUACGAGGAGCAAAGGGACGAGUACUUCUUCGACCGCGACCCGGCCGUCUUCCAGCUGGUCUACAACUUCUACGCGUCAGGGGUGCUGCUGGUGCAGGACGAGCUGUGCCCGCGCAGCUUCCUGGAGGAGCUGGGCUACUGGGGCGUGCGGCUCAAGUACACGCCGCGCUGCUGCCGCAUCGCCUUCGAGGAGCGGCGCGACGAGCUGAGCGAGCAGCUCAAGAUCCAGCGCGAGCUGCGCGCCCAGGCGCAGGCCGAGGAGGCCGAGGAGCUCUUCCGCGACAUGCGCUUCUACGGGCCGCAGCGCCGCCGCCUCUGGAACCUCAUGGAGAAGCCCUUCUCGUCGGUGGCCGCCAAGGCCAUCGGCGUGGCCUCCAGCCUCUUCGUGCUCAUCUCCGUCGUGGCGCUGGCGCUCAACACCGUGGAGGAGAUGCAGCAGCGGGCGGGGCCGGGCGCGGGCGGCGGCGGCCUGCGGCCCCUGCUGGAGGACGUGGAGAUGCUGUGCAUCGCCUUCUUCACGCUCGAGUACCUGCUGCGCCUCGUCUCCACGCCCGACCUGCGGCGCUUCGCGCGCAGCGCCCUCAACCUGGUGGACCUGGUGGCCAUCCUGCCGCUCUACCUGCAGAUGCUGCUCGAGUGCUUCACGGGCGAGGACCAGCAGCGCGGCAAGACGGUGGGCAGCGUGGGCAAGGUGGGCCAGGUGCUGCGCAUCAUGCGCCUCAUGCGCAUCUUCCGCAUCCUCAAGCUGGCGCGCCACUCCACCGGCCUGCGCGCCUUCGGCUUCACGCUGCGCCAGUGCUACCAGCAGGUGGGCUGCCUGCUGCUCUUCAUCUCCAUGGGCAUCUUCUCCUUCUCCGCCGCCGUCUACUCCGUGGAGCACGACGUGCCCGGCACCAACUUCACCAGCAUCCCCCACUCCUGGUGGUGGGCUACGGUGAGCAUCUCCACCGUGGGCUAUGGAGACAUGUACCCGGAGACCCACCUAGGCAGGCUUUUUGCCUUCCUUUGCAUUGCUUUUGGGAUCAUUCUCAAUGGGAUGCCCAUUUCCAUCCUCUACAACAAGUUCUCUGAUUACUACAGCAAGCUCAAGGCUUACGAGUAUACCGCCAUACGCAGGGAGAGGGGGAAGGUGAACUUUAUGCAGAGAGCCAGAAAGAAGAUGGCUGAGUGUUUGGCUGGAAGCAUCUCACAGUCCACCCCGGAGCAGCAGAAUUAAUAUUUCGUAGGACAUGCGGCUGAUAGAACCUGUGAACUUCAAGGCUUCAUUGCUCCCUCUUUUUUAAUUAUCAUGAUUGGCAGCAAAAGGACACGUGAAGCAGACGUGCACAAAAGGCACUCAGUUCACGAAUUUCUACCUCUAGAAAUGCUCAUUUUGGCCUAAACUCAUAACACCUCGUAUUGAUCUUUAACUGUGUUGCCUGUGAGAGUCUGACCUUCCCAAAGACAUUGAUACCGAAAACUGCUUGAGAGGAGCAACACCUUGGAUUUCUCUUGUAGCUUCUCAUGGCAUCUAGCUCAGUAAAUACUUUUGGACUUGAGUUGACUUGAGAAGAAUUUUCUUACUUUAAAGAAAAACAAAUCUUGAUUUCCCAGAGAGAGAGUGUUGUAGAGGAACCAUACAAACAAGCUUUGUAGUUACACUAACCUCAGUCAGAAUCCCAGAUCUACUAGCUGUAGGGUUUGGGGCAUGUUACUUUAAGCCUCUGAGCCUCAGUUUCUUCAAUUGUAAAAUGACUACUGAAAAUAGAAGUCUUGAAAAACUGAAGUCUUGUCUGAACCGAGCACACAGACAUUGCCCCCGUAGCUGGAGCUUGCCACGCUGACCAUCACAUUUGUCUCAGGGCAUGACUGGACCUACCCUUGUUUUGUAAAAAUAAGAGUAAUCUUUUUGUGUGUCUUACAAUGACAAGAACUGUGGGUUGUACAUAAAGCAUAUAACUUCA